AUGGCGACCACUUUUAAGUUUAAGAAGAAGAACUUCAUCUCUUUAAAUGAGCGAGUCCGGUUCAUUCGCAUCCUCUUCCGCUGGCAGGGCUCAAUCUGGCGCCUACUCUGGGUCGAUCUGCUGAUCUUCAUGAUCUUCUACAUUUUGAUCACCCUGAGCUACAGAUUCGUGUUUGUGCACUUCCCUAGCCUUAAACUGGGAUUUGAGGGUUUCGUCCGGUACACGGACAAAAUUGCCGCCAUCGCCCCCGUCUCCUUCCUCCUGGGCUUCUUUGUCUCCACAAUCCUGACUCGCUGGUGGUCCUUCGUGGCCAACAUUCCUUGGAUGUCGUCACCAUCGUUUCUGAUCCACGCUCUUGUCGGCUCAGACGAACAGGCUUUCGACACUACCGGGUUCCGGAUACGUCGUACGCUUGUGCGCUACAUGAACUUGGCCUGGAUCCUGGCGAUGAUGAAGUUGAGCUGGAAGAUGAAGUCGCGUUUCCGGCCCCUGAAGCCGGUGAAAUUUUCAGACACGGAUGUGAAACCGCGUCGUGUAAGCACAUCUCAUGUGAUCGAUUUGAUCAACAACGACGUCUCGGUGAAGAAGCAAUUCGGCCAGCUCAUCACGACUGAAGAAGCGGCCAUAUUUCUGGAACUCGAGAAGGAGGAGGGUAAGAGAGUCCACAAAGAGACUAAGUCUAGAGUACUCCUUGUUGACAAGGCGUACAAUCAGUAA